AGGCCGGAGGGCGGGGUUUGCCCUGGGCCGCUGCCGGUCAGGUCUGCCGCCCCUGACAGCUCCAUGAGCCUCAGGCGCGACAGCGGCGCCCUCACCUCGGGACAUCCACACACCGACCGCUCCUGCUCCAGAGGCAACCACCCCGCGCGACUAGCCUGGCGCUGUGCAGCCAAGCCCAAGAGCUGGCGUCGCCACGAAGGUUGAACCAACCAAAUUUUCGAGACGGCUCACGGCUUAGAGGAAGGCUCAUCUAAAUAAAGGCCGGCUAAAGUGACAUUGCAGGGAUUAAAUCCUUCUCUGGCUGCCUGUGUGACCAGAAGGCUUAUUUGCAAGUUUCUUCUUUCCUGGGGUCCGGAUUAUUAGGUCUCCAGCGCCCUGCGGCUUGACAGCAAGAGAAGCAUGAAAUGAAGGUCAGAGAUGAGAUCCCGCAGCAGGGACUUGGGGGCCUCCCAGGGGCAUUUAUGCACUAGAGUGCAAGAUUCUCUGGCCAUUAAGGGAAAUAGCAAACAGAAACCUUUGUCCUGGGGCACAGCCACCUACCACAAAGCAUCAGACUCCGUGUCUGGCCAGAAAGUUCCUGGAGUCCCAUCAGGGCAGUGGGUAUGUAACAUGUACCUAAUUGUACAGCUAAAGCUUGCAAGUUCAACGUGAGGGAAGGUGGGAAAUGUCUUGAGUGAGGCGAGCAGCUCCUGGCUGGGCUGGGCAGACUCAGCUACCACGUUCACUGCCCUCCUCUCACUAAAGCCGAGAGGGAGGCUGCUCAGCUCUCAGGAAAACUCUCUUGAACCCUGGGCAUCUGCUGUCCUCAGUUGGCAUCUCCCACCCUCUGAGCCUCUUCUGCUCCUGCACAACCUGCCUCUUCGCUGAGAUGGAGACGUGAGCCCCCGUGGACGAUGACUGCAGUGUAUAUGAAUGGAGGUGGCCUGGUGAACCCCCACUAUGCCCGGUGGGAUCGGCGCGACAGUGUAGAAAGUGGCUGUCAGACUGAGAGCAGCAAGGAGGGUGAGGAGGGACAGCCCCGCCAGCUGACGCCCUUCGAGAAACUGACACAGGACAUGUCCCAGGAUGAGAAGGUGGUGAGGGAGAUCACGCUGGGAAAACGGAUAGGCUUCUACCGAAUUCGAGGGGAAAUCGGAAGUGGAAACUUCUCCCAAGUGAAGCUUGGGAUUCACUCCCUAACCAAAGAAAAGGUGGCCAUUAAGAUCCUGGACAAGACCAAGUUAGACCAGAAAACCCAGAGGCUACUAUCCCGAGAAAUCUCCAGCAUGGAAAAGCUGCACCAUCCCAACGUCAUCCGCCUUUACGAAGUAGUGGAGACCCUAUCCAAGCUGCACUUGGUGAUGGAGUAUGCAGGGGGUGGGGAGCUCUUCGGAAAAAUUAGCACUGAGGGGAAGCUCUCUGAACCAGAAAGCAAGCUCAUCUUCUCCCAGAUUGUGUCUGCCGUGAAGCACAUGCAUGAAAACCAAAUUAUUCAUAGAGAUCUGAAAGCAGAAAAUGUAUUCUAUACCAGUAAUACUUGUGUGAAGGUGGGCGAUUUUGGAUUCAGCACAGUAAGCAAAAAAGGUGAAAUGCUGAACACUUUCUGUGGUUCUCCUCCCUACGCUGCGCCUGAACUCUUCCGGGACGAGCACUACAUCGGCAUUUACGUGGAUAUCUGGGCCUUGGGGGUGCUUUUGUACUUCAUGGUGACUGGCAUCAUGCCAUUUCGGGCAGAAACCGUGGCCAAACUAAAAAAGAGCAUCCUCGAGGGCACAUACAGUGUACCGCCGCACGUGUCAGAGCCCUGCCACCGACUCAUCCGAGGAGUCCUUCAGCAGAUCCCCACGGAGAGGUACGGAAUCGACUGCAUCAUGAAUGAUGAAUGGAUGCAAGGGGUGCCAUACCCUACACCUUUGGAACCUUUCCAACUGGAUCCCAAACAUUUGUCGGAAACCAGCACUCUCAAGGAAGAAGAAAAUGAGGUCAAAAGCACUUUAGAACAUUUGGGCAUUACAGAAGAGCAUAUUCGAAAUAACCAAGGGAGAGAUGCUCGCAGCUCAAUUACAGGGGUCUAUAGAAUUAUUUUACAUAGAGUCCAAAGGAAGAAGGCUUUGGAAAGUGUCCCAGUCAUGAUGCUACCAGACCCUAAAGAAAGAGACCUCAAAAAAGGAUCCCGUGUCUAUAGAGGGAUAAGACACACAUCCAAAUUUUGCUCGAUUUUAUAAAUUGCACUAGACUGCUUGUAAUUAACCGAGAUCAUUGUUGCUGCUUCUAAAUUUUUUUCAAGGACAACGUGAGUGGAGACAUUUUUGUAAUUUUUAAAUAAACUUAUAUUUGAGAUAUGCA